CGUCUGCUGAGUUUUGUAUACUCGUGAAUGAUGUCUUUUUUUAACCUUAAAUGCGCUCUGCGCAAUUUCAGUUUUGUGAUCGAAGAGAAUUCACUUGAUUAAAGUUAUCGCGUUAAAUCAAACUAGAAGAUUUCACUACAGGAAUUUGCUUUCUUUGGAAAUGGGCGAUUCGGAUGAGGAGAAUUACGCGACAUUUGGUGUUCCUCUUGACCCUUUGGAUGAAGAGAACAUUCCGCGAAAGAAGCCCAUCACGAUCGAGGAUCAAUAUGCAUAUGACACCCAAGGUAGACGUAGGUUUCACGGAGCCUUUACAGGUGGUUUCUCAGCAGGAUACUUUAACACCGUCGGCACUCGCGAUGGUUGGAGACCACAGCAAUUCAAGUCUUCCAGGAGCAGCAAGGCAGACAAUGUUGUUCAGCGACCAGAAGACUUUAUGGAUGAAGAGGAUACUAGUCUCUUUGGGAUAGCUCCUAAAGGUAUUCGAGCCACCAGCGAUUAUGUCGAUCAUGGACAGAAAGGAAAAAAGAGAGAGAGGAUAAGUCAGGAAGGACCUAUUCCUGGUAUUCCCAUCUUAAAAGAGCUUUUAAGACCUGUCAAAGAAACAGUGGGUAUUGUCCUGCUCAAGAAAAUGGGUUGGAAACCUGGUCAAGGUGUAGGUUCUAGAUUGACAAAAAAAGAAAAACAAAAGAUAAAGCUGCGUAAUGAAAAAUUAAAACUAGCACAGGACAAUCUCGAAAUGACAGAAAGCAAUUCUGAGGAUUCGGAUGAUGACCUCAUUAAUAUUACUUUUGCACCUGACGAUUACGAGCCAUUCCGGUGUAAACCAAAAGAUAAUUAUUUUGGCAUUGGUUAUUCGGGUCUAGAUAGGCGAAAAGUCCUUUCCAGUCACAUCAAUCUAUUUGACAGUCCAGCUUUUUGCAUCCAAGAUAAAAACAAGAAAUUGUCAAUUCAUGGCCAGGCGUUUGGAGUUGGUGCUUUCGAAGCUGACGAUGAGGAUAUAUAUGAAAAGGAAGACAUGUCGAAUUAUGAUUUUGCUUUGGGUCCCGAGCGUAAGGCAAAGACAAGAUGGUCUCAGGAUGGAUCGAGUAGCUCGCAAACCGAUUGUUUAGACAAUUUUACUCACGCGAAAGAGAGACUAGAGAGUAAGAAAGUCUUCAAACCUCCAGAAUUGCCGAAAAAUUUUGCACCCGUACACGCUAUUAGGAAAAGUAGAUUUUAUCCGCCGAUUACAACCUCAGUAGAAAAUAAACGCAGAGAACCAUUGAACGCCACAGACAGAGCGCGAAUCUUGGAAGACCCUGAUGAAUGUUCGGAAAAGUCACAGGCAUCAUCGAGUACAUCCGUUGCCUCUAAUAUUAUUUCAAAAACCUUGAAUUUGCAUGGUAAACAGCAAACAGAAGAGAGAAAAAAAUUGGAGACACAACAGAAGACGACAACAAGCAACUCUUGGCUAGACAAAUUAAAUGCACAAAGCUUUGUCAAAGGUGGUAUUGUUGGUUCCAGCAAAGACGAUAUGAGUAACUUAAAGAAAUUAGAAGAUUUUAAAGAAUCUUUAUCUGCACAAUCAAGCACUGAUAAAUCAAUGGAGAACGAUUUCUCAAAUAAGAAUGAAACAAGAAAAUUGUUCUUGUCUGAUCCGGAUAAACAGAGACGAUUUGAACAAUAUCUUGUCUUCUUGAAGAACGGCGAAAAGGAUAAGUUCGAAAGUAUUCAACCACUUUCUAUGACUAAUUGGGAGAGAGAGCAAGAACGCGAAGAAUUCGAGCAAGCUACAAAACUGGAGCAAUCGAAUAAUUAUAUGGCGGAUAAAUUUGUACAUAGUGCUAAUGAUACGACGGACAGAGUGGAUCCGGAAAAGGACGUGGUAAAGGAAGCGGUAAGAUUGAAAAUGUUCGGCAAACUUACGCGACAACGGAGUGAAUGGAAGCCGACGAAUAUCGUUUGCAAAAGAUUUAAUAUUCCCGAACCGAAAGUCGGAUACGCACCAAUCGCAACGGAUAGAAAAUCAGCCAGAUUCUCAGUCUUUGAUUCUUUGGACUGGUGUAGUUCAUCAAAAUUCACGAAAGCCGUAGAUACAGUUAAGACACAAGUGGAAGACAUUCCCUUGCCAUCAAGUAAAACGGAAGAAAAUUUAAACGAAACAAUUUCCAUUGGCUCUAACGAUAUUCCGUCUAAUAUUUAUCAACCUUUAGAACCUAUUUCUGAAAAAUUUAGAAUUUUCGAAGCUUCCUAUGAAAAAGUUUUUGGCAAAGGUAUUCACAAUAUUUCUUCCGCAACAACCAAAGAUGUCGAACAAAAUACAGGAAAUAAUUUAAUAGACGAAACAAUUCAAGAAAUGAAAGAAAAAGAAAAAACACCUGAGCCAGUAUCUGUGCUUAAAGAUCAAUCGGAAGAAAAGAAGGAUCUGUUCAAGGCGAUCUUUCUCAGCAGCAGCGAGGAUUCCGACAGUGAGACGGAGGAUAAUGUUGACAAUGAGGCUGUCAAAUCGAUUUUGAUUGGAAAAGAUCCGAAGGAGAUAAAUAUGCAACGUAAUACAUCGCCGCCACGAGGAAUCUUUGCGAAACUAGAUCUUGACAGCUUGAUGACACAACCAAAACACGUUAAUGACGAAAGUAAGACAUGUAACAUUUCAGAACCUAGUCCGCCAAUUAUUGGUGAAUCGCAGAACGAUCUUAUAGAUCAUAACGAUGUAACUAAUGAUAAAGAGAUUGCGAUACUACCAGAUAUGUAUGGUCCGGUCCUGCCACAAAGAUUAUUGAAACAAGACAGUAUUGCAACAACGACAGAAACUGAUAAUACUAAUCAAUUGUUCAAACCAGUAUUUCGAAGUGUCGUCGUAUCGAAAACUAUGGAGGAUUCGAAACUCGGUGGAAAAUGGGUGGAACGAGAUAAGAUAAAAAAAUCGAAAAAGAAACAUAAACAUAAAGAUAAAUAUAAGAGCUCGAAGCAUAAGAAAAAAUCUAAGAAAGAGAAACGUUCGAAGCAUUGA